CCGCCGCGCCCGACGGCUACGUGGAGAUGAACUACGGCCGCGCGCCCACCAGGCCCAUCGCCAUCGUCAACGCGCGCCCGCCGCCGCCCAUCGCGUCGUCGCCCGACGACCGCCGCCGCCGCCCGCCGAAGGAGAACCGGACGCCGCUCGGCUCCCAGACCAUAUUCCCGCUCUCGCUCGACUCCCCCGCCUCGCCUCCCGAGCUGGACUCGGCGGACGUCUUCGAGGAGGACCCGCCCCACCACCCGCUGACGACGGUCCGAGAGAUGUCCGAGGACGGCAGUCGCCAGGACGGGAGGCGAAGCCCCGAGGUGUCGUCGUCGCCCUCGUACGUCAAGCUGGCGUACGGGAGCAAGCCGAUCGCGGCGCCGGUGAAGACUCCGGAGGUGCAGCCCGAGGAGCUGAGCUGCAACCCCACGGCGACCAAGACUUUGGCGAGAAUCGACAAUUUGGAUAUAAAAGAGGCCGGCGCCGCGGUGGCCACGGUGGUGCUGGCGGGCAGCGGCAGCGCGGCGCUGCGCUUCAGCGUGGGCGAGGGCGCGUCGCCGCCGCUGGCGCCGCUGUCGCCGCUGCCGGCGCCGCCGCUCAACUACGCGGCGCUGGACCUGGAGCCGCGGCCCGCCGGCGCCGCGCCGCCCGGCCGCACCUACACGCAGAUCGACUUCGUGCGCAGCGAGAAGCUGCACGCCGACGCCAACUAG